CUGUUUCUAUGUUGUCACGUGAUUUCGGGGAAAAGGAGCGUCUGUCUAGCUUGCGCGGACUCCGAAGGGAUUUUCCAUUUUAUUCAGUACUGUUUACAGCUUGGUUGGUAGGAGAGAAGAAACGAAACUUACGCGGUGUCCACAGCCAUGGCGUCGGGUAGAAUUCGGUCCACUCGCAGACUCCGGAAUUGGAUGGUGGAGCAGGUUACCAGUGGGAAGUACUCUGGUCUGAUCUGGGAUGAUGAGGCCAAGACCAUGUUCCGCAUCCCCUGGAAGCACGCUGGAAAACAAGACUUCCGUAGCGAUGAGGAUGGUGCCAUCUUCAAGGCGUGGGCGAAGUUCAGAGGGAAGCUGUCUGACGGGGUUCCUGAUGACCCCGCUUCCUGGAAGACACGAAUGCGUUGCGCCCUCAACAAGAGUCCAGAGUUUGAGGAGGUCCCAGACCGGUCCCAACUGGACCUCUCUGAACCCUACAAGGUGUACCGCCUGGUGCCUACGAACGAGCAGGGUGGGGGAAGGGACGGUGUCAAGAACAAACAGAGACCCAGGAGACUGAAGAGGAGCAGCAGUGAAUCAGACAGUGGGGAGGAGGUGCUGGAGGCCAAGCACAUGAAGAAGGAACUCCUUCCUUCUCCCAUCACCAUGGCAGUUGAAGCCAUAGAUGAGCAUGCAGUCCAGUCACAUGAGCCUUUCCUACCAGUGAUCAGCUUGAAGAAUGAUGGGACAAACGAUGAGAUCCAGUUCAACUUCACAAUUGAGACUGAACCUGCAUCUGGAGACGAUUCCUUCAAGAUCUCAGUGAGCUACAUAGGCCAGGAGAUGCUCUGCCGAGAGGUCAUGGGCAACGAUGUCCGCAUCACCUACAUGCCUCCCUCGCUAGUCGCUCCCUCGCGGAUAAUCGGGGGGUUCCCACGCAUCCUCCUCCCGGAGCCCCCGUCCAACAUGUCCUCCAGCCCAGAGGCUGGGGCCCGACACCAGGCUCUGGCCACCCUGCUGCCUUUCAUGGAGCGAGGGGUGAUGUUGACCUCCACAGGGAGCGGGGUCUACGCCAAGCGCUACUGCCAGGGGCGUGUGUUCUGGACGGGACCACACACCACCUCACCAGGUCCCCUCAAGAUGGAGCGAACCACGGAUCCAAUCCUGCUCUUUAGCAAGGAACUCUUCAAACAGGAGCUGGACAACUUCCGUUUCGCUGGGGGAACCCCCCCAAAGUGUGAGGUCACCCUGUGUUUUGGAGAGGAGCUCACUGCCACAGAGGAUCUGUCUUGCAAGCUCAUUAUUGCUCAGAUCACUUUAUCCUGGGCUGAAAGGCAGGUCCAGGAUGCACUCAACUUUAGGGAGUCCAUAGCCCUUCUCCAGAACCUGGCCAGCCAAUCACCUCUUGGAGAAAUCACACUAAACCUGGAGCCGGUGUCCAUGCCCUGUAGCAUCAUCACAGACAGCUAGGAGAAGCACCUCCUGUAAUGACUUCUGCGAUGACUAUUCACUGAGCAUUUUAGGUACUGAGACAUUCAUUAGCCUCUAUUUUACACUAUACCACUAUACAGUGCACACAAUGAGCCACGGUCUUGCUGUUUUCUUGUUGUAUUGUCUCAUUGUGAUUGUGUUCAUUGUGGGUCAAGACUUUAUGGCUGUGUGCUAACUUGCAUAUACAAAAUCAAAUCAAAUCAAAUUUAUUUGUAUAGCCCUUUUUACAUGCAAGCAUGUCACAGAGGGCUUCACAUAUGCCCAUAGAACUGCCCCACAAAACUCUCUGCUUCUUCUUCAAAGUCUUUCAUAAUCUUGAAUUUAGUCACUUUUGGCAGUACUGCAUGAGUAUAUAUUUGUACAUUUAUUAGAUGCAUUUAAAAUGCUUUAAAGGGAAGAACAAUGGUAUAUUAGCCUGGCAUCACCAGACCAGCAAAUGUGUAUUGGUCUGGAACGUUUCCGUUAU